AUGUUGUCAAAAACAGUAUUCUGUGUGCUGUUCGUGUCCGUCGUAUUCGCCGCUUCUUCGGACAAGGAAACCGAGGGAAAAGUGGCGAGAUAUCUGAAAUCGUGCGGAGUUAUCACUUUGCUCAAGACGAGCAAAUGUGUGACGGUGAGUUCGCGAAACGCGUUCCACCGCUCCUACUAAUAUAAAUCGAAUAUUCCAGAAAAGCGACGCAGUCGACAAGGAACUGAAGGCGUUUGUGAAGACGAAAGAGAAGGAUCUGACGAAGAUCAAAGCGGCGUGCAGGGAAACCAGGGACUGUAUUAAGGAACUCAAGUGUAAACCACUUGAGGAGGACCACAAAGAGACGCUCGAUUUGUGCGGAAGAGCCCUCUUUCAGGACGAGUUUAAGGAGUGCAGCAAGAAGGUAAGACACGGCGACCAAAAACGUAGAAAGGGGCGUGGCCUAGCGUGCACGGUUUAUGCGCCAUUUUGGCGCGAAAUUCGAAAUUUAACCCCAUUUUUCAUGUUUUUCGUCAAAAAUUACCCGAAUUUUGUACGGGUUUCGACGAUGCGAUUGCACAACUUUGUUAAACUAAUCAUCGCGCGCACUUUUUGAGCCAAAAACGAGCAGGUUUCAUUCAGAAAUGAAUCAAUUGAAUCGAUUUUCAAAUUUUGUGCUGAAAAUGCGCGAAUUUCAGUCAUUCGCCGACACUUUUUGCCGUUUAAACGCUUAAAAUACUUGUAUUAAUGUGCUUAAUCACUUCCGACACUCACUUCGUCUCAAAAUUAUACAGAUCGGCCGCUAUGAAAAUUCCGAAAUUGCGGUGGCGAUUGGCCGCGGAGAGCGUAUUGCGAAAUAUGCCAAAAACGUCUCAAGGCGUUUUCACGAAAAUUUCAAUGUUUUCUCUCUUUAAUGUCUUCUUUCGUCGAUAUCAAACACAAAAAUAUCGGAAAAGUGCUGAAAUUGCGGCAAUUUUCAGAAAACGCGUCUCAGAUUAGGCCACGCCCCUUUCUACACUUUUGGUCGCCGUGGCUUAUAAGAACCAUAAUUCAGAGUUCAAAUCAAAAAGUUUUGGCUAGAAAUGAUCAACUACAAAGUUGUUCGGCACAAAAUGUCCAACAACUUUUCAUCUGACCACUUUUCCGACAUUUUCAGCUCCAAGCUCUCAAAAAGGACAAAAACGCGGCCAAGUGUUUGGAGGAUUUCAAGUCGGAGACGAAAAAGAGCACCAAGGACACGUGUACAUUCCUGAAGAGCUCGAAAGAUUGCAUCAAGGAGCACAUUGCGAAGGAGUGCGGAGCCGAGAAGUUGGACGGAUGGCAGCGGUUUGCACAAGAGUCGUUUAAGGAGAACGAUUGCGAGAAGGCGAUCGGGACCAAGUGGAAUUGA